UCGGGGGAGUGGAUCCGUGCGGGCAGCAUGUUUUGUAUCUGGCUGCGGAGUGUGUAUGCGUGCUGCUAUAGUGAAUGGUGUUGCCGCUGAUGAGAAGGUCGGGAGAGGAGGAAGCCGACCCACUACCCCGCUCACCACCGGAAAUUCUGUGAGUUGUGUGAGUCAGAGAGGCGCACAAAACAAUAAUACAGCAGUAUGCGCCGUGACGCUGAAAUUAUCAAACAUACCUCCACAGAGAGGAUUGGCUCAAGUAUGAUUUUGUGCCCUGCAAUUGACUCUCUAGCUUAUUGAUUAAUUUGCAUCCAUUUAGGAUUUAUCAGUGUUUUUUUUUAAUUCUUGCCUGAAAGCUCCAGCGCAGCAGAACAUCGAAGAACUUUGGAAGGGAACUUGUGCAAUUUGGUGGUGUGAAAAGUGUGUGCAUAAGAAAAAUCCCCAAAUCUUCCGGGUGUGGACUUGAGAGUGAGCACCACAACCUGAGAAAAACUCCCGCAGGUUGGUGUGGAAGCUACCCUUGUUGAUUGGGAUUCAAGUGAUAGUGUUGUUGUAACCUGCGGUGGAGAAGUGUGGAUUGAAGAUGGAUUUAGCAAACAGCAUAAAGGAUAUGUGUCGUCUAUGUGCUAUGGAUCUCACAAAUAGCCCCGCAACAACAAGGAUUCUCCAUCUAAAUGAGAAAUCCAUUCUCGAUCGAAUUAAGAAGUACCUCCAAGUUACGGUAAAACUUGAUGACUACAUGCCAAAGCAAGUAUGUGAGAGAUGCUCACAGAUAAUCACGGAUAUUGAUGAAUUGGCAAAGGUGGCAAAGAAUACCCAGAAAUAUUUCCUAAUGCACCUCAAUGCAUCCCUGAAGAAAAUUGAGGAGAAGCAUGAAGUUAAGAAUCCCCCUGAUGAGCCACCUGUGCCACCAGUGAAGCGUUCCAGGAGACGUGGGAAGAAGCAAGAUGGCAAAGCUCCUAAGCCAACAAAUCCCCCAAUAUCCCUGGAACAGAUGAUAAAUGAGCAAAUCUCAAAAAAUCCACAAGGUGGGGAAAAAUGUCUCCACAGUAGUCCUCAGCUAACGUACUUGGCCAGCAACGAAGUGUCCAUCUAUGCGUAUGAUGAUUUGAAGCUGGGACAACUCAUUAAGGACACAGAGCUUCUAAAACUCAUUCUGAGAACACUAAAAUGGGAAGAUUGUGAAUCAGAGAAGCAACUUGAGAAGUUGAAGAAUACGAGCUUCAGGAAGAUCCUAUCAAAUUCAAAUCUCCUCCACGAUGGGGAUCUCCUUCAGCUCAUCAAGUCAUACGUUGGCCAGGACACCUUUUCAAACACCUUUCGCCCCCUCAAUGCUGCUGCAGGAGGCACGGAUGGUGUUGUGUAUGAUCUUCAGGUAAGCUACCACCUGCCCAAUGUUACAGUGACCAGUGGAUGCCAUGAGAAGCUUGGAGAAUUGAAGAAUCUCUAUGGGGGUGAAGUCAGUGUCACUGAGAUGGAGGUGGGAGUAGAUCCGGAGCUUUUUCUGCCCUAUGACGAAGACACAGAGGCUACAAAUGGAGAUGGUAGCUGUGACAGCACAACCCUCAGUGUUGAUCUCUCAACUGAAAAUCGUGUCAGGGACUUUGAGGAUAUCGAAGAGAAGGCGGCCAGUGAUCCCCCCAUGCCAGGACGUCCUGGAGCAUUAAACAUUCCAGAAGCUGGAUUCCACUGCACAACAUGCCCGGAAAAAUUCCACACUCACGUUCAGCUACAGGAUCACGUGUUGACGCAUCUUCUGAAGAAAAAGGCGUCUUCGGGAGAACCAAAGAGCAAGACAACCCCAAAGGCUGGGAAGGAAAACGAAGCCAAAGUUAGGAACCUAGAGGAAGGAAAUCUCAUGGGAAAAUUCACCUGCCUCGUAUGUGGGAGGAAACUAUCAACAAAGGGAAACUUAAAGGUUCAUAUGGAAACUCACAAGCCCAAAGGAAAGUACGCCUGCGAUAAAUGUGGAAGGAUAUUCAAAACGGUGGUUAAUCUGGUGCGCCACAAGGAGUAUCAUAGUGGAAUUAAAUUUUCCUGCACAAUCUGUGGACGAGUUUACCCCACAAAUAGCACUUUGAAGGCUCAUAGCAUAACUCACAGCAAUGUAAGGCCCCACACAUGCUCCAUUUGCCUAAAAACAUUCAAAAGGAAUCAGGAUCUCAAGUUUCAUCGGAAUCAGCACACCGGCGAAAAGCCAUAUAAAUGCAUUUACUGCCCCAAAACUUUUGCCAGUUCCGGGAAUUGCUUUUCACAUCGAAAAAGAAUGCAUCCGGAAGAGAUGAAAAUAGCCGAGCAAGAGGAUGAAGGUGUUCGCAAAGAGAAUAUUUCUGCCUAUGGGGAAGAAAAUCCCACCGGAAGGACGGGAGAACAAUCUAUGGAGAUUGAGAAAGCAUAAAGAAUUCCAUAGUACUUAUUUUAAUGUGCAUAUACUUAAUUGCUAGAUAAAUUAACUUUCUGUGAUAUGUUGAGAAAAAUCCGUGAAAUAAAAUCGCCAUGCUGGAUGGAUUGAAGAAAA